AUGGCGGAAACAAGUGCAACAGAGCAACACGAUGGUGAGAUCUCUGGUUUAUCUGGAAAGAAAAAUGAAGAGAAAACAAACGAGCAGCAGCAGGAGGAUGCAUUUCCUGUGAGUCCUAUGGAGGAGCCCAAACACUCAAGUGAAAUCGAAGGAAACAUACAGCAAGGGGGUUUGAUGAAAAAUAUUCCUCUGUGUGAAGUAACAGUGGAGACAAAUGAAGCAGAGCAGAAGGAUCGUGAUGUCUUUAGUUUGCCUGGGAAGGAGAAUGCAGAGGAAACAAACGAACAGCAUGUCAACCCUGUUCACCCUGCAGCUGUGGUGCCCAAACAGCCCAGGGACAUUGAAAGGAAAGCACGUUACAGGGCUUUGCUUAAAGAACUCCAUCUCACAAGCAGCUCUUCUUCUUCCUCUGAUAGUGAUGAGGAAGAGGGAGAAAAAGAAGAGGGAAAAAAGAAAAAGAAAGGCCCUGUUAAGAACACGAGUACAGAAAAGAGUUUCGGACAUUCUGAAAUGAAGGAAGGUGAAGAACAUCAAGAGAAUAACUAA